GUGUGCUUGCGUUGAUCUUUCCGAGCGCGCAGCAUCUACAACAUGGCUGACGUGACAGCGGCGGACGACGGGAAACUCAGCAAAAAGUGUGUUCGCUGACUGUGGUAGCUCAGCAUGCUGUGUCUGGUCAGGGCAGCCAGGCAGCACCUGUGCCAAGCCUUUGGGGUCAGGGGACAGUGGUUAAAAUGCGCACCCCCUUGUACAGCUGCAGCCCCAGCUCAAAUUUACGGGAAUCGUUGGAGAGGUGACAAAAGUGAGCUGAAGAGACGAAUGAAAGCAGAGAAGAAGGCGGCUGAGAAAGAAGCCAAGGUCAAAGAACAGGUGGAGCAAAAGAAGGAAACUAAUGACCAGGGAGCGCAGAAUGCGUUGGAUGAGGAGACGCUUGACCCAAAUCAAUACUUCAAGAUCCGCACCCAGGCCAUCCAGGAGCUGAAGGGCACAGCAGAGGACCCGUAUCCACACAAGUAUCAUAUAGACCUGUCCCUCACAGAGUUCAUCGAGAAAUACAAUAAUCUGCAGCCUGGAGACCAGCUGACUGACGUUGUCCUCAAUGUGUCAGGCCGUGUCCACGCCAAGCGGGCUUCUGGUGCCAAGCUGCUUUUCUACGACCUUCGAGGUGAAGGCGUCAAGUUGCAAGUUAUGGCGAAUUCAAGGAACUACAAGUCUGAGGAGGAAUUUAUUGCCAUCAACAACAAACUCCGCAGAGGUGAUAUCAUUGGUGUCCGUGGUAACCCAGGGAAGACCAAAAAAGGGGAGUUGAGCAUCAUUCCCAUUGAGUUGACCCUACUAUCACCAUGUUUGCACAUGUUGCCCCACCUCCACUUUGGCCUCAAAGACAAGGAAACACGAUUCCGCCAACGCUAUUUGGAUCUGAUUCUGAAUGACUACGUAAGGCAGAAGUUUAUAACUCGCUCCAAAAUCAUCACAUACCUGCGCAGCUUCCUGGACCAGCUGGGAUUUUUGGAGAUUGAGACACCAAUGAUGAACAUUAUUCCUGGGGGAGCAGUGGCCCGUCCAUUUGUUACAUACCACAAUGAGCUGGAUAUGAACCUGUACAUGAGGAUCGCACCUGAGCUCUACCACAAGAUGCUUGUGGUUGGUGGAAUGGACAGAGUGUAUGAGAUUGGUCGUCAGUUCAGGAAUGAAGGCAUCGAUCUUACUCAUAAUCCAGAGUUCACCACCUGUGAAUUCUACAUGGCAUAUGCAGAUUACCAUGACUUGAUGGAGAUCACAGAGAAACUACUCUCAGGAAUGGUGAAGCACAUUACUGGAGGAUACAAGGUGACUUAUCACCCUGAUGGUCCGGAGGGACAGGCCUAUGAGAUUGACUUCACUCCACCAUUCAGAAGAGUGAGCAUGACACACGACCUGGAGAAGAUUAUGGGUGUCAAAUUCCCUCCGACUGACAGCUACGACAGUGAUGAGACACGUAAAUUCUUUGACGAGCUGUGUGCACAGAAAGGAGUUGAAUGCCCUCCACCGAGAACCACUGCCCGCCUCCUUGACAAGUUGGUUGGAGAUUUCCUUGAGGUCACCUGUAUCAACCCCACAUUCAUCUGUGAUCACCCUCAAAUCAUGAGUCCCUUAGCAAAAUGGCACAGAUCACAGAAAGGCCUAACAGAGCGUUUUGAGCUCUUUGUGAUGAAGAAGGAAGUCUGCAAUGCUUACACUGAGUUGAACGAUCCGAUUAGACAGAGGGAGCUUUUUGAGCAGCAAGCCAUGGCCAAAGCUGAGGGUGACGAUGAAGCCAUGUUCAUUGAUGAGACCUUCUGCACAGCACUGGAAUACGGACUGCCACCUACUGCCGGCUGGGGGAUGGGCAUUGACCGUCUCACCAUGUUCCUCACUAACUCCAACAACAUCAAGGAGGUGUUGCUGUUUCCUGCCAUGAAGCCUGACGACAAUAAGACACCAGCGCCUACAGAGGGCACUUCCGUCUAAUGACAUGACCUCUGACCUCUACUGCUGUCAGAUCUGUGCAGGAGUCAGUCACUGUGGUCAUCAGUGGAGCCCGCGGGUUUUGUGUAUUAUCAAUGUUAGUCCGUUUGAUCCUUGCUGUCUUUAAGGGAACUCAUCUUGUCUCAGUUACAGGGUUAACAAUGAAGAAUGAUUUUCUUUUUCUUUUUUUUUGCUUUUGUAUUUCUUACACUUUUGCGAUCACAUUAGCAUUUGUCCUUCUUGUUUGAAUGAAAGGGGACAUUUUUAAUCGGUUUUGUCAUCCAUAUAGUAAAUGGAUGGUAUUUGGUCAGGAAAUCAUGUGUGAUCUGCUGUUGUGUGCAGACCUGGAUGAAACACUGAAUAUACUUUGAGAUACUUCAAAGAGUACUUGAUUCUGGCUACAAAAUACAUACACCACAUAAUAACAAAGCUCAAGCAUUUGUAAUAUUUUAAGUGUCCUUUGUAUAGUCAUCUGUUUUACCAGGUUUGCUUGUAUUCCUUGUCUGAGACUUUCAAAAUGGACUCCACAAAUUCCUCUGCCCAAAAGUUUGAACAUGGGUUCGUCUGAAUAAAGCGCAUAUGAAUCUAC